AUGUUGCCGUUGAUCCUUUUACUAGCAUUGACAUGGCGGUGUAGCGGAGAGGUCAGUGAGGACCCAGUACCAGAUAUUCGAAAAACUCUCAAGACUGCUACAACCAGCGACAUACUGUCUGCCAACUAUGAUGUUGUGAUAUUCCUAAACGAUGACAUCUUCAAUCUGCAGAACGAGUUUAAGGACAUCGGUGAAGCUCUCGUGCAAUACAAUGGGGUAGGUCAUCAGUGAUGAAUGAGAAAUAUCCUCUAUAAUUUUCCCCCAAAACAGAGAACAUACUAAACAGGGCUUGCUCUUCUAUGCUUUCUUGUUUAAAAUGCUAAACAUUGCAUUUAAAAAAAUCUACCAGAUUGCGCGCUACAGACUUUUUAUAGUCUGUAUAAAGGAGAGUAACUCGGCGUGCGAUCUUUUUUUUCAUUUGUCUAGCCAAAACCUGACGGUAGAUCUUACGUAGUACCUAUCCCGCCAACGGUCCUUUUUCAUGAAGGUUCUUCGUCUGUCGUCUCCGUCUAGUCGUCUUAGGAGAAACGAAAUUUGGAAUUAUUAUACUGAUUCGUAAAACUAGCCAAUUAAGCAACAAUUCUGACGAUGAGGAGUCCACGUGCAACAUGCGAUCUUAUUUUAUUAAAUUUUAGAUUUUUCCUCCCUGGUGAAUCAGCGGCCAUUCUGUCAGAUGAAGCCUUCAUCACAAAUAUCCAUAUUUUUUAAGGUUUUCGCCUCGAACUUCGAAUUUAAGGGAAACAAACAAAAGGUGCUAUCAAGUCGUGUAGAUAAGGUUGGAUUAGCAACGAUUAUUGUGUUGCAGACAUUGUGCGAUUUUAAAGGUGAUUUUGGAAGAUUUGAAUAAUCCAAGUGAUUGCCCAUCUACAAAGAAUUCGGCGACCUCGUUUAGGAUCGAACCUAAGACAAAGAAGAAAGGGCUUUAUUAAAGCCAAAAUUCCAACCACCCGCGUUAUGUGACUAUGAGCAAGAGCCGUGAGUUGACUGAGAGUUGAGUCAAGUUGUCCACUCAAUCUACCACAUCCUGUGGAAUCUACUAGUUCUGAUACAGUUGGAUGGCUGUCCAAACAGAUUCUACUGAAUGAACAGUUUAGCACUAACCGGAUGAAUAUCAGGGUAAAAUUUAUAACAGAUGCUGUACCGAAGACACUCCAGGGAGUUUUUUACGACUGGGUCCGUUGAAUUGCGUAUUUUACAGGAAACCUUUUAACCCCCUAUAACGCAAAUGCACUUUUUUUCUUAGCAAUCUUUGCCUAUUUGCUUCUAGGUACUAAACUGAUAAAUGCAUUCUUAAUCGAAAAUUCAUCUUUUUUAGCUGGACUCCACAACUCCAAACAAGAUGCAAGUUGUCCCAUUCUUAAAGCAUCCGAAUAAGAGAAUGGUAAGGAAAAUACAUUCGCGGGUGCUACUUUAGUUUUAAGUAGUAAACUUCAGGACUGCCUGAAUUCUAAUUAAUAAUUGGCUUAUGAAACUUGAAAAAUUGCAACUUUCUGCCAAUCCGGGCCUAUAUCGGUCCGAUUCUGCACUUAAAUAUACCCUCCACCUCACUUUCCAGAUAUUUGCUCCCACGGGUCGGCUAAACACAGAUAUCUCCGACAGUCGACAGAUCUACAGAACAGCCCAGGAUGCAGCGAAGCUGUAAGUCACUCCGGUCCAUUCGGUUCCCAUAUCAUCCGACUUUCAUAAAAAGCACUGUCUGUCCUGAAAUCGAAUCAUAUUACUUCGGGAAUUCGCAGUUUUUAUCCUCGUUUGAUCUUUAUAAUUGCAUGAUAAGUGCCUGUCAGCCUGUUUGAAACUCGUAUCCUGUUGAAAAUCAAUUGUUGCCAAUUUUGUGUGAAUUUUUUGACUUUAUUUUUUGCAGCGCUUUCUCCCUUAACCUCCGAAGGCCGUUGUUUGUGUUGGGUCCGCUGGAGUCCUCGAAAAAGGCAAACCACACGUGGAUGAAGGCCGAUUACCCAAAACUCCUUAUGACUUUGGGCGCCCUACAAGGUUAUUACACGGUACGCCAAAGAAAAAAUCCAACCAUUAUUUUCCGUCAACAGCAGGAAGCUCUAGCUUGUUAAUAUGAAAGGAAAUGGGAUUGAAAAGCCUAGAAUUACAAGAAAACUCGGCAGCGUUCAUUCAUCGCAUAAAAUUCUAAAAAUGUUUUCAAUUUUCAGUAUAUUAGCCGUGUCCUGGGUGGCCAAUCAUUCAAAUGACCUGCCUAUUUGUAUCUCUGCAGUCUACCUCCUCAGAAAAGGAUUGUUAUUUAAGUACUUUACACAAUAAAACGAACAGGGCAUUUAGCUAGAAGGGAGACCGAAUUCUGUACCAGUGGACACUACCACAUACGAUUCUACAGAAAAAUACCUGACUUACAGUAUAUCUUUAUAUGGAUGCUUGUUUUCAUGAAUUUAGGCCCACGUCAAGCAUCAGCCACAAUACAGUUCGCAACCCAAGUACAACGGCCCCGGAGUGGUCUGGACCGAUGACAAAUUCCUGAAAAUAUCUGGAUCAGUUUCAUGCGUUGUACCUUAAAGAGCAUGACUGCGUCGGAGCGUUAAGAGUAAAGUAUUCAGGAAAUUAAGUAAAGACCACACGUGCAGCCCUGUUUGACAGAGCGCUAUCACAUUAACUAGUGAUUUCUUACAGUUGACCGUGUAAGAUGGGGUCUUAGCUUGGACGUAAAAACUGAAUGACGUAAACCUGAAUGAAUCAGGUCAAUGAGCCGUAUUUAUCGUUUGUGAUGCUGGCUUUCCAAUAUUGCAUUACAGUGAACUUUUCCUGGAACAGAUUCAAACCUGUGAUGGCUAGAUUCCGAGUUAAGAACUCUUCAACCGUGCCAGACUAGGCUUUUUGACACUUAACGGGCCUGAAAGUCGCAUUUCAACAGUUCGCAUGGUCGAAAAGGAUUUUCACUUGAUUAAUUUGAAAAGUAGAACGAGCUGGAAAUUUAUCUGGAAGAUGACCCAUUCUCUGUAAAAGUUCAUUUCUUCAUAUAUUCCUAUGCCGAACCACCGGAUCGACAAUUUAAUUUCACAUGACUGUUUUUUCCUAUAUUUAGCCGUAUAUCAAGCGCCAACUUGGCUACGACCCGCAAACCAAGUACGAUGUUCUCGGAAUUGUUGGAGCCGACGAGGAAUUUAUCAAAAUAGCUGGAUCAAUUGAAAUGGCCCGCAUAGUCCAUCGUGACACGUGCGCCUCGGAUCCCGAAAGGAUGGCUGCCCCGUCGAUCCAGGAAUACUACAAUCGGGAAUUCAAAAACGACACCGUCAAGGCAUACUACCAUAAACUGGAUGCUGAAAGAUGGCCACUGUGUGUGGCAGUCAACAGAGCCGUUGAGGGUCAGUUGAGUACUUCUCCACGAAAUGCAAAGUUUUGCGCCUUGUUAAUUGACACAGUUUAAUAGCGCUGUACUGUGCUCUGUGAAAGGCAACAGGGCUUCCAACAAGAGUCUAGUUAUUUUUCCAUGCAGGAGUUAAGCUCAUGUACUUUAAAUCUAGUUGAUGACAUUCCAUUUACUUCGUAAGGUGUGGAGAAAUACGAGGGACGGGUAAUUAACCUCGAGUAUGUGAGCGACGACUUCAACGACACGGCAGACGACACCAUCCUAUUUGUCGGCAAGGGCAUCACCUAUGAUACCGGUGGUUCAGAGCUCAAAACCGGUGGCAUGAUGAAGUACAUGCGCAAGGAUAAGUGCGGGGCCACCUCCAUCGCGGGUUUCUUCAAGGCCUUGGAUCUCCUAAAACCGAAACACUUUAAGGCGAAGGCAUACUUGGCCUUCGUACGCAAUGGGAUUGGUGCGAACGCCUACGUCUAUGACGAGAUAAUCACCACAAAGGCGGGAAUCCGCACUCGUAUCGGCGCUCCGGACGCUGAGGGCAGGAACGUCAUGACAGACAUGUUUUAUGAUGCGGUCCAGGAUGUAAGCGCCCCUAUGCCAUCCUUGUUAUUAGCCUGUUCAUACGCCUCUGUAACGGCUUUUUUUCCGUCCUAUUUGUGUCCAUUAUGUGUACCGCCUGCAUUUUAUACAAAUUACCUCCAAUAGCGUAACAAAAUUUUAUAUUCUGGAUAAAAUUAAGUAGGUGUGGAGUUGAUGUCUUUUCUCGUUUGGAAAUUGUUGUCAAUGUUUCUGCAUGCAGUGGAAGUUUUAGGCAAAAAUUUGGGUAGGGUCCCUGUUGGUAGCCCUCCCGGCUAAUUGCUCUACACAUUGCUUACUACAACAUUCGCGUCUAGCACACAGCUACUGCUUCAAUUUCUAACAUACAUGUGACCUUAGUGGCAAUAAAUUAUUAUUUUCGGAAAAUCAGGAACGUCCAACCCAAUCUGGAACAAGGAUGCAUUCAUUCCGCAGACCGUACUCAGUAUCCACGCUCGUUUUUAUAUCUUUCUUUCAUUUUUCGCCAUAUUUAAUUUUGACUACGACUUUAGCAGGGACAUCAACUCGGGGGAUACACUAUAAACAUCAUUGACGUUUGCACACAAGUGCCCCAUCCGUAUAUCUCCCAUUACCACCGGCCCCGUAAGAUAGGUAGCCGGGCGAUUUCAGUACCGGGAGGGCUACCUACAGGGAUCUUACCAAAAAUUGUUUCUUUUGGCUAAUAGGCCAGAAACGGCCAUCCCAGUCUCCUUUGCCUUUCUCGUGGCAUGGCUGUUCAUUGAUUCGGUUGCGAAACGUGCUCUUCCCAUUGCGCUCUGGGGUUCACUUUAGGGCCCUCGCAGUCAGUUGCAUAACGACCAAUAAUGAUAGAGAAAGAAGACUGAUACAGCCAAGGGAGACAGCGAUGUACAUUUUUUUACUUCUUAACCGCUCGGAUAUUUUCUGGUCUUAAAGUUCUCUUUCUUUUGUUCUUUUUCCAAAAAGGCAGAAAAUGCAACCCAUCCACAUAUUUAUACGAUUGCAACACUAACGGGAGCUGUUGGAAGGGCCUUCAAACAUUUCACGGUAAGGAGAAGAAUAACAGUCAUUUCCAAGUAUAAACAAUCAGGCCUAGUUCAUGCAUUUAUUCGUCUCUUCAUUCAGACACUGGUUGAGAUGCAGAAACCGUAUGGAGGCAGUUUCAGACUGUUUUCUUUUUCAUGCUCCAGCAUCUGACUUCGUUGAAGUGAAAAGGCGCCUCAGUCAAGCUGCUUAAUUUUUUUCUCUUUCAGGCAAUGCUAGGUAACGGGCCCUCACGUAGAAUGAAAAACACAGACAUCAUGGAAACGGCGGGCUACAAUAUCGCCGACUUCGUUGAGGUAAAAUAAUCUUUCGGAAUUAAAGUCACCAUAUCGUAAGGUGUAACAGCAGCAGGUUUUGAAAAUUACAAACUCUAAAUGCAAACCAGGUUUGGUUGGUUUGUAGAAAUCAACCCAGUGCUGAAGCAUUCAUUACCAACUUCCAAAACUGCGACAUUUUGAAAAAGAACCUUUUUUCCACAUUUCAUAAAGAAAAACACUCUUCGCAAAGAGGACUACGAGGUUAACCGACCCGCAACAGAUGAUGAGUUUGAUCUCCUGCAGUUCAACAACGCUCCGGAAACCGCCAAGUACAGAGGCUUUCAAUUGCCGGCAGGCUUUAUGGCAGUCGGAGCUGGUCUGGAUGAUGUAGGUCCCCGAAAAGACGCUCACAGACAUGUAUUUUUUCAAUGGCGAAGUUCAGAUUGUCACUUCGGACCUUUAAAUUAGGAUUUUAAAACUUUGCAGAUUAGCUUCUUUAGAGUAAAUACUAUCAUUUACUGUCGCGAUUCGGAGGUACUAUUCACGUCCAGUUUCAUCAGUACAUAAAAAUCAAGUAAUUUAUUCUCGUGAUCCCAUGUCCGAACUGAGCCACUUAAUCUGAGGCAAAGUCCUUAAGCCCAGGCAAUGCUGAUACAACCAGCAGUUAGAUUUUCUCUUAUUUUGUACAUUUUUCGCCUACAUAUGCUAUUUUAACGAUUGCACUUUGAUUAUAGUGGGGAUACCAGGCACGUAAAAACAAAAUUCCCUACACCCAUUUGGACGUGUCCGCUAGUGUCGGCGUGAAACACAUGGAAGCCACCGGGACGCCGACCAGCCUCUUCAUCAGUCGAUACAUUCUGCCAAAACUGAACGAAACCAAGUUCCCUCUUGACAUCAACCCCGACCAUUACUAG